AUGGCGAGCAGCCUGACCAACCUUCCCCCGGAGCUUAUCAGCUCCAUACUCGCCCAUCUGCGACCCCGAGCCCUACGGCAAUGCCUACUCGUUAACUCCGCCUUCAACGUUCUCGCUCAACGUGCAUUUAUGGUUCACGCUACCCGCUGCAUCAUCGCCGAUGGGGAAAAGAUCUCAUUCCCACUGCUGAAAGCCACCCCAGAGCAGCAUGCUUCACGCGGUCUCGACCAUGCGCCUGAAAAUUUGAGCUGCCUGACAGUGACGGCACACACCCAGUGCUACGAAGAGAGCCGCCUCCCCUUCGCCUCAAUUGCAGGUUUCUCUUUCGUCUCCUCUUGCCAAGUACUCAGAGUCAUGCUCGAAUGCCCUGACGACAUCGACAACGUAGCAAGCUCACAUUAUUACCAUUUUCCAGACCUGCCGAACUCCUAUGAUGGCUCUUACUUCGACGCUACUGUAGGCGAUUACAUCUGUGUGCAUUCUGUCGAAUGCCAACUCCUUCACUUCGCCUUGGAAGACGCAUGGGUCGACAAACUCGUGCUGCGCAAUGUCCCGCUCGUGUACGGCAACGUCGACCCGGAUCUCUUAGCCCCGUCUGCAACACAGACUAUCCGGGAGGCGGUCAUCGUGUUCGACAUCGAGGCCAUGGGUCUAUCGAACGACGAACGCCUGCACGAGUGGUGCAGGUUUGGGUGCGACGGGUCAAUCUGUAUGAACGACCGGGAAAGGUUAUGUUUUCCAAACAUAGGCAGCAUCGGGUCUGCAGUCCCCCAGAACGUCGAUGAGCUGACAUUCGUGUUCUGGACAAACCAGCCCACGCGAGAGGUCGCUCCGAUGUGCUGCUACGUCACAGAGACGUACGAAGAGGGCGGCGAUCAUCUUUCUGUGCCCAAUGUCGAACAUACCUCAUGCUGGGAAGGGAAAUUCUGGCCCAAUUUGGCAGCGGCGGUGGUACCGCUGCUCCUUCACAAGCUCCGCCAAAUCACAAUCGUGAACGCCAGAGGCAUCGUGCCCACAGGUGCUCAGCGCCGCCCGGUGAUCUCCGCCAUUUGGGCCGGUGUCGGCUCCCACGACGCACUCGAGUCCAAGUUCCGCGUGCUGCUGUUCGCGCACCUGUCCUCGGAGGCUGACGUGACGCCUGAGAAAGCGAGGGAUUGCGUCGACCGCGUGAAGUUCAUGUACAUGAACGACUGGCUUCUCUCGACAGACAGUGAAGACGUGUUCAGCCCGAAGGAGGUUAAGCCUUGGCUCGAGUUCAAGCCGUAG